CUUUAUAUAUUCGCUAUGUUAUCUCCAUCAAGUCAGUUACAAUAAGAAAUCUCUGUCUCCCCAUCUCGAGCUUGUUGAAACCCUACGAUGAGGAAGCCAGCUGAGACAACAAUGGGAAAAGAGAAAAUGAAAAACAACAGCAGCAAAACCAAGCUGAGAAAAGGGUUGUGGUCGCCGGAAGAAGACGAGAAGCUUAUCAAGUACAUGUUGAGAAACGGGCAAGGUUGCUGGAGCGAUAUCGCGAGGAAUGCCGGUUUGGAGAGGUGUGGGAAGAGCUGCCGCCUCCGUUGGAUUAACUAUCUGAGGCCUGAUCUCAAGCGGGGCGCGUUUACCCCUUAUGAGGAAGCACUCAUCCUUCAUUUGCAUUCUAACCUUGGCAACAGGUGGUCUCAAAUUGCGGCACGCCUUCCAGGAAGGACAGACAAUGAGAUCAAGAACUUUUGGAAUUCCACCGUGAAAAAGAGGUUGAAAAACAACGGUAAUUAUUCCACAUCCUCAUCGUCUAACGUCAGCACCGAUGAGUCAAACCCUAAAGAUGCCACAGGAAGAGAGAUCGUGUUCACACACGACCGCGACAUCAUGGCCAUGUUGAUGGACUCGUCAUCGUCUUCAUCAAUAACCAUGCAUGGAAUGGCCACUCCAAAUUACCUCAACUACCCUUUCCCUUUCCUAGACAAUAGCUACGACGUGUUCAAUAUGUCCCCUCCUUGCUUACCAAAGGGAGGUGCAGGAGAAGGGUAUUGUGGGGAAUUCUCGUUCGUUGAAGCAGGUGUGAUGGAGCUAGAAAGUGACCCUCUAACUCCUCCAUUAGAGAGUACUACUAGGUGCUUCGUUGAGAAUAAUGCUGGUGGUGAUCACUACACCUUUGAUCAUAAGAAAUAUUGUAACAACUACUCCUUGGCUAAUGUUGAUGAUCAGGGCAGCAAAAUAGAGGACGUGUUUGAGGUUGGGAAUCCUUGGCAAGGAGAAAAUUACUCCAAAAUGGGAGAAUGGGAUUUUGAGGGCUUGUUGGAGAAUGUCUCAAGUUUUCCUUGCCUAACUGAUUUUUAAGUUGCAUUACACACACACACACACACACACACUCUCUCUCUCUCUCUCUCUCUCUCUCUCUCUCUCUCUCUCUCUCUCUCUCUCUCUCUCUCUCUCUCUCUCUCUCUCUCUCUCAAUGAGCUUUCCGGCCCAUCGCAUAAGAAGUUUUGAAGAUAUAUACAAUUUUUCCUGUCAUACGUACGUCAAAAACCUACAUUUGCCUCUUUGAGCCCUGAAACCCUUCCCCUCUUUAUUAAGGUAGUGAGAUCGAUAGUAUGAGCCAGAACUUCAGAGCCUCGGAAUUAGUAGAUGUGUGAGCAAGUUGGCCCGGACAUUCACAAUUGUGACAAAAAAACAAUACGAGUGAGAAACUGGAUGAAUGGGCGGCCACGGUACAACCAAUACCUGUGAUACGAAAAACAAAAUCAGAAUGAGGAGCUAGGCAGUGUAAAUAGCGAAUUGCAAGGUGGAUAUGAAAAUAAAGGCUAGCUAAGCUAGCUAGUUUGUAAUAAAUUUCUAUUUGUAUGUUCCGAUGGAAUAAUGAAGAUGUGGAAGUUGUUAUA